AUGGUCCGCCAGUCUAAUGGGUCUCGGGUCGAUCAGUAUUCGAUGGACAAGGCUCAGGCCAAAAGAGACCGGCUCUUCAAGGCCCAUAAUAAUCGACCGCAACUGGAACUCACGUCAAUAUUCAAGUCGACAGACGCCAACGGCCGCUGGUCUGUCCGACUGGAAUUACCAGUCAAAAUCAAUGGCAUCUCAGAGUUACGCCAGGUCGAAGAGACAGACAACGAUGCCUCCAGGUGCAUUCAGAUCUACACAGUUCGCCACCUACGAUCUUGGACGACACUGGACAUCUCAUACGAGACUAUCGAGCACCUCUUAGCAGUCCAUAAUGUGUUCGAUCAUUUUUGGCGAUGCAUAUUGACGUUUGGGAUCAAAGUUCAGGAGAAUGAGUACGAUUUCCCACCUUUCCGAGCGAACAACGAGCAAAAUACGCACAGCCGAGUUGAUGAACUCGCCUACGUGAUCCGACGCGUGGAACCCAAUAAUAGUCCGACGGAUAAAGGAAUGUGUCCAUGGUCAAUACGUCAAACAGGAGUUUACCACAAGAUGGUAUAUCCCAACGGAUAUCGUCAAAACUCGAUACGGAGCACGUCUGUCUUCAUCCUCAUUGCGCCUUCGCAUGCGGCGGAAAAAUCUAUCGCGCAGCGUCUCCCCCAAAACGUGUCUCAGGAUGACACAUUUGGCCAGGAUUUUCUUGUCCAUGAAUGCAUCGUCAGGGACAGUUUGAAAGGCUGGAUGGACUAUCAGGCCUGGCUAGAGGCUGAGACCAAACAAAUAGCAAACCGAUUUUUAGUCCUCGAUAUCCUUCAGAGAGGAAACAAUGGGGAGCCUCGCAGCAUAUAUGUCAGUGCCGAAGACCGGCAGCGUCUGAAGCAAUUAGAUGAUUACAUCACCGAUAUGCUGGUUAUCCUCCAGACAAUGGUCGACUCUAUCAGUCGCAUCGGCAAGGCCUGCAGACGGCACUGCCGAACCAGUUGCAAUGGCACAGGCUCUUGCCCCUGUAGUCACAAGAUCGAAGAAUUUGAAGAGUAUGCUUCAGAAACUCAGACAUCUUUGAACCGCGCCAAGAUGCUAAGAGAGCGCGUUCAAUCCACAGAGCAACUGUGCUUGCACCUCUCAGAUCUGCUUGCUUAUGAAGAAGCAGCCGCUUUGACACAGCUUGCGUAUGCAUCGCGUAUUGAGAGUGAGGAGAUGGUUAAGCUGGCGGCUCAAAGUGCUCGCGAUGCCGCAGCGGUCAAGGUCUUGACAAUCAUCGGUCUUGUGUAUCUGCCAACCACAAUAGUAUCAAAUUUCUUCUCAACGCAGUUUGUGCAUCUCAACGACAAGGGCAAUUUGCAGAUCUCUCACCAAGUCUGGAUUUUAGCCGUCGUAUCUGCUCCUCUGACAGUUUUGACAGUCAUCACCUGGUGGCUGUGCGACCGAUACCAGGUUAUCGAGGCAGUGCUUGGAAGGAAAGUGGAGGAGGGCAGUUUAGAGAAUGGCGGCAGGCAAAGUCGACCUGAGGAAGGCAGACCUGCUCGGCUGAGUUCGGUCUCAUUAGACACAUUAGCAAGACCACGAUGA